GCCUGGUGGGGCCGUGCGCUGGGGCCCGGGGGCCGGCGGCGCGGCAUGUACUACAAGUUCAGCGGCUUCAGCCAGCGGCUGUUGGGGGCCUGGGCCUCGGCCGCCUACAGCCCGCAGGGACUGCGCCCCUUGGACCCUGCUGGAGCACCAGCCAUCACCUAUGCUGGCCCAACCAAGUUCACCCCAGAGGCCACCGGCCGUGACUUUGCUGCUCAAAACCGGGUCCCUGAGCUCCAGAAGUUCUUCCAGAAAGCCGACGGCCGGCCUGUCCACCUGAAGCGGGGUCUCCCCGACCAGAUGCUCUACCGGACCACGAUGGCCCUGACCGUGGGCGGGACCAUCUACUGCCUGGUUGCCCUGUACAUGGCUUCCCAGCCCCGGAACAAGUGAGGCCGCGGUGGGAGCUGAGGGCCGGGACCGUCGGAGUUGAGCCUUGCCGGCCCGGCGCAGACUCGGCGGCGGCGACGCAGGGGAGGAUGUUUCUGAGGGAAGCACUUCUGCUGAUUCCGAAAGAGGGCCCGAGUCGGCCUCCAGGCCUGCAGGAGUUGCUGCCGGAUAAGCCUGUCACGGGGGAAGGGAGCGGGUAACCAGGGGGGUCUCCCAGUGGCCGCUCUUCCUGGGCGUCUGGCCUGUCAGCCGCUGUUCCUCUGCGGUGGCCAACCUGUAAUCAGAGGCGCUGCAGGCCGACCCCCUCCGGGGCUUGGUCCCUGCCCGCCGCACCCAGGCCUGGGUAAGACGCAAUAAAUUCAGUCAUCCACCGAGGUUCUAACA